AGAGAGGAGAUAGAGAUGCAGAAAGGGAGGGAUCGCUACAUGACGCACUUUGCAGGGCGGACGGACCAGGCCAAAGCUGAUCUUGCUCUUCUCGCCAUUAUCAUGAAACAAAGAGAAGAUGCAGCAAAAAAGAAAGACAAAGAGAAAAAAGAAAAAGAACGAAUGAGCGGAUUGGAGCGAAGUUUGGCGGACUUUCCCCUCGCGGAGACGCAUGUUUGGUCAAAGCGCUGCGGUCAGAUUGUAGUACAUGUGACAGCGGACACAGUCCCCUCUCCACUGAUUCCAACUUGUUUUGACCGGAGAAACAAAGAAAUCAUGUCUAUAAUAAACGAGCACAACUUUGUUGUGAGCAAAGAAACGUGGGAAUCGCACAACAAGAUGAUGCUAGAGCCUCUGUCCAUCAGCGACUCUGAGGUGUUCUCAAUCAUAAAAAAAGAGAAGCACAGGCAGACGUACGGUCUGGAGCUGAUCGCCUCCGAAAACUUUGCCAGCCGAGCCGUCCUCGAGGCUCUGGGUUCCUGCAUGAACAACAAAUACUCUGAGGGAUAUCCCGGUCAGAGGUACUAUGGUGGUACGGAGCAUGUUGAUGAACUGGAAAGACUCUGCCAGAAGAGGGCAUUGGAGACCUAUGGUCUGGACUCAGAGAAAUGGGGUGUCAACGUGCAGCCAUACUCUGGUUCACCUGCUAACUUUGCCGUUUACACGGCCGUGGUGGAGCCCCAUGGCAGGAUCAUGGGCCUGGACCUUCCUGAUGGAGGUCACCUGACACACGGCUUCAUGACUGACAAGAAGAAAAUCUCGGCCACGUCCAUCUUCUUUGAAUCCAUGCCCUAUAAGGUGAAUCCAGAAACCGGCUACAUCGACUAUGACAGACUGCAAGAAAACGCUCGGCUGUUCCACCCCAGACUCAUCAUUGCAGGGACCAGCUGCUAUUCCCGCAACCUCGACUAUGGCCGCCUGAAGCAGAUCGCAAAUGAGAAUGGUGCAUACUUGAUGGGAGACAUGGCUCACAUCAGCGGAUUGGUGGCUGCCGGAGUGGUGCCCUCACCUUUUGAUUACUGUGACAUUGUUACCACGACAACACACAAAACACUGCGUGGCUGCCGCUCUGGACUCAUCUUCUUCAGGAAAGGCGUGCUCAGUGUAGAUGCCAAAGGGAAAGAGUCUCUGUACAACUUGGAGUCCUUGAUCAAUCAGGCUGUGUUUCCAGGGCUGCAGGGAGGACCCCACAAUCACGCCAUUGCAGGUGUUGCUGUAGCUCUUAAGCAAGCCAUGACGUCGGAUUUCAAGGCCUACCAGAUGCAGGUUCUUGCUAAUUGCAAAUCUCUAUCCAAUGCCCUCAUUGACUUUGGCUACAAGAUUGUCACUGGCGGCUCUGACAACCAUCUGAUCUUGCUUGACCUUCGCAGCAAAGGGACUGAUGGAGGACGAGCUGAGAAGGUUUUGGAAGCCUGUGCCAUUGCUUGUAAUAAGAACACCUGUCCAGGGGAUAAGAGUGCUCUGCGCCCUAGUGGCCUGAGGUUUGGCUCUCCAGCUCUGACCUCCAGAGGCAUGAUAGAGGAGGAUUUCAAAAAGGUUGCUGAGUUCAUUCAUGAAGGUAUUGAGCUGACUUUGGAGGUGCAGAGAAGUCUGGAUCCCAAGGCCACUCUGAAGGAGUUCAUUCAGGCACUGACUCGAGAGAAGUUCCAGCAGCGGCUAUCACAAAUCAAGGCAGAGGUGGAGGGUUUUGCUGGCCAGUUCCCCAUGCCUGGCCUGCCUGAGCUUUAGAGGCUGGACUGAGGAUUUAAAAAAAGAUCAUAAUGCCACAUUUUACUGGUGUUUUGGUUUUGUCAGUAUAUUUGUUGUGAGAUGUGUUUAUCUGUCACAGCUCAAAUCAAUAUCCUUUUCAUUACUUUACUGUAUCUCAGGUUAGCUUGGACCAGAUAUUCCUUAAUCGAAAGAUUAAUUUGCAGAAUGUUUUGCCCUCAAGUUAUUCAGUUUUCCACUGUAAUUACUGUUUCACUGUAAUGCGGAUUGAUGCACAAAACCAGAAUAUUCCUGUCAUACACAAGACUUACACUGUACACGUAUACAACAUAAACAACAAUUGUGCAUACUGAAAUUUAUUUUGCCAAAUUUAUUUUAAUUAGGAACUGGCUGACUCAAAAGAUUUUUUGAAUGUCAUUUGUGUAACUAUUGUUUAAUAAGAUCUCCGUAAAGUCAUGAUUUAUACGCUGGGGAUGCAGAUUGCAUUAAUUAGCACUUAAUUAAAACAAACAGCUGCCAACAUGCAAUUUAUGUUUAAAGUACAUUGUGCCCCCAUUCAUUUCAAAUGUAUGACUGUGAGAAGGAAGCUUAAGAGUAAAAUCUUCACUGAGAUAUGAACCAAAAACCAAAAAGCUGUUAAUGGGACUGUUGUCAGAGGUGUAGAUUAAUAAGUGGACUGGAUUUCAGGCUGUUGGGCUCUGUUGGACUAUAUUACAUCACAGAUGUGAAGGAUUCCAUGGUUGCUAUGUUAUGUCUCUCAGCGCAUCAUUUAUAUUCAACAAUAAUUUUUUUUAAAUAAACACUUUGAACGGUGAAGAAAA